AUGAAGACUGGAGUUUUGAGGAGGAAAAGUAUUCACUUACGCACCUGUCCCUCAAGCACCAUGUUGAAGGUCGGCUUCAUGCCAAAAGAAACAAAGGUGAAAUUAGCAAAGCUCGUUGUGGAUGUUCUUCCCGGUGAGGUUGGCCUGCGAUUGCUCGUCAACAUCUUUCCAGAGAAGAUUCAAGUUGUAUUUGAUGGUCUGUUGAAUAGCUAUAAGUCUCAGCUAUGUAUAGCACUCAAAGAUGAGAAGAAAGCGUCGAAAGCAGUGACAUUCAUUUUCAAGGAUAUGGUGAAAGCUUAUAUCGAACAGUUCGUAGGAACUCCUUACGAAUUCCCCUCGUAUCACAAGGCAAUUCGUGAGCCCUACGAUUACUAUCAGAUGGCUAAUAUGUAUAUUGGAUCCCUCAUCGAUUUCGACCGCUCCAUUGUGAUGUAUCCGGAACAAUGGACGAAGAUACAGAAUCAGAUCAAUGAAGGCGAAAAUGUAAUUUUAUUUGCUAAUCAUCAAAGUGAGGGAGACGCGGCAUUCAUUCCAUUACUUACGGAAGUUUCCCAUCCUGGACUGGGCGAAAAGGUUACCUAUGUGGCUGGUGACCGUGUUAUUACCGAUCUUCUUGCAAAACCGUUCAGCAUGGGGAAGAAUCUUUUGUGUGUUAACUCUAAAAAGCAUAUGAAUGACAUUCCUGAGCUGAAGGCAACAAAAAUGAAGCAGAAUUUGACAACUAUUAAGGAGAUGCAAAAGAAAUUACAAGAAGGCGGGUUUUUAAUUUGGAUUGCGCCUGCUGGAGGGAGGGACCGACGGAAGGCUGACGGAACGUUAAUUCCUGACAAGUUCGAUCCUCAGGCUAUUGAAAUGAUGAAAAAGCUUGGUACGAAGAAAUCAGCUGCGAAAACUCACUUUUAUCCAUUGGCAAUGGCAACAUAUGAUAUAAUGCCACCACCAUCAAGCUCAGAAAAGGACAUUGGAGAAAAAAGGAUUGUCAACUACACGGGAGUGGGCCUUUCACUAGGAGAAGAAAUAGAUGUUUCGAACUCUGGAAAGUGGGCUGAAAACUUAGGUGAAGAGGCAGAUCUUCCUGUCGAAUUAUCAGAGCAUAUUUGGGUAAAGGUCAAGCAAGAGUACGACAAGAUUUCGAAAUACUGUGACCCAAAAGCAGAAGAAAUUGUUUUGAAUGCUGGUGGUGUGCGUCCUAUUAGGCCACCAUCUGUUCCAAAGUUCGAUUGA